UCGUAUCGCGCCGAACCGUCCCUUUGUCCGUCUCGUUUUUCUCCCUGUCUUCAUUUUUAUUUAUUUACUUACGCGCUGUUUAUCUCUCGUCCCGCUCGCAGCUCUUGAAAAAGGGACCACGCGUCGGCUGCCGACGCAUAGCAUCCGCGAGCUUGCGUCGAGCGCGCGCCUGGGAGAGGGAGGCCGUGGUCCGCGACUCCCCCAGUGGGCCCACAUCGCUGGUUGCUGAUCGGAGUGGGCUCGUAUUGGGCCACCUAGCGUGCGCAACCGCUGCUGUCUUCGGGGCUGUAAAAUAGUAUUUAAGAGAGGAUUUCACUUUAUCUUUUCUUGUGCUCCCGCUCGCAUCUGAAGGCGUUUCCGUUCCGUCGCUGCACCAUGUCGAGAUUAGCGAAACUAGCAUUAUUUUCGACAUUGUUCGCCUUCUUCAGCGCGGGCGACACCGACGCUGCCACUAUCCUGGAAAGGCUGCGCAACCGAAUAUUCGCUACGAAAAAGCAUCCGCUUAUAUUAGUGCCUGGCGACGGCGGGAGCCAACUCGAAGCCAAGUUAAACAAGACGGAGACGGUGCACUACUUUUGUGAAAGGAGAACCAAUGAUUAUUUUGACCUCUGGGUCAACCUCGAGCUUAUGGUGCCCUACGUGCUCGACUGCUGGGUGGACAACAUGAGGUUGCUGUACGAUAAUAAGACGAGGACCACGAGAUCUCCUGACGGAGUGCACGUUCGGGUGCCUGGGUUUGGCAACACGAGCACCGUCGAGUGGCUGGACCCGAGUCAGGUGUCUCCCACGGCAUACUUCACAAGAAUUGUGGAGGCACUCGUAGCCCUCGGCUAUCAACGUGGGAUUGACGUUCGGGGUGCUCCCUAUGACUUCAGGAAAGCCCCAAAUGAAUUGGAUGGCUACUUCAAGCAACUGCACGCGCUCAUAGAGGAUUCGUACACCAGCAACGGGAACAUGUCUGUUAUCAUGGUAUGCCAUAGUAUGGGAUGCCCAAACCUACGCUACUUUUUUAGCCGUCAACCUCAGCCCUGGAAAGACAAAUAUGUUCGGGCGAUGGUGACCCUCGGAGGGGCAUGGGGCGGUGCUGUGAAGGCGCUCAAGGCCUAUGCCUCUGGUGAGAAUCUGGGCGUGGUGGUGAUCAACCCACUGUCGGUGCGACCCGAGCAGCGGUCCACACCCAGCUUGGCCUACAUGAUGCCCAACCAUCUUUACUGGAACGAAUCUGAGGUUUUGGUGAAGACGCUGAACCGGAGUUACGGCUUGGCAGACUACGAAGCCUUCUUCAAGGAUAUCGGCUUCACGGAUGGUUACGAAAUGUAUAAGGACACGAGGUCGUUCAUGCUCGACACCACGGCGCCAGGCGUCGAGAUCCAUUGUUUGCACGGCCGAAACGUCAGCACCAUUGAGAGGAUCGAGUACCACAAGCCUGGUUUUCCGGACAUUCAGCCCGAGGUGGUGUUCGGCGACGGUGACGGCACCGUGAACAUUCGCAGCCUGCGGGGCUGUUUGCGCUUCCAGAGUGGCCAGAGACAAGCCGUCUAUGAGAAGACUCUCGACAACGUGGAACACAUGAGCAUACUCUACGACAAAACCGUCAUCGACUACAUCAAGACGCUCGCUGUGGGACACUGACGCAAUCGAGCGGGGCCCCAACUCGAAGCAUGGCAAUGGAGCUAUGCGAGACAGUGUUCGGUUGUACGGUCACGGUGUCACUGCGUCAUUUCAAUCUCUAAACCCAGUUUGGAUGCGAGAGGGAACGUAGUUAUGCCCAGUGGCGUCUGCCACAAGAUUUCAUUUCACUUUGUCCAAGCUACACGGCAUACGCUUUGACCACCUUUUCGCGGAAGACUCGUUUUGCGAUCGACUGUUCACGGCUAGAUUCAAGUGUGGCCCCUUUUCUCCCUCGUUCUUUUUUUGACCUUUUAUUUUAUUUUUUUCCUUCCCUCGUGCUCUAACAUCUCUUAUGAAGGACAUCACUUCUGGUCACACCGUGGACACUGUGGAGCGGCUUGCGCUUUGGUCAGCUUACGUACACGCGUGAGGCGUGGCACUGGUGCCAUUCACGUGGACUUAUGGAAAACAUUUCGAUGCUUCUUGGACGUGAAGACGCGCAACGGCAAUGGCGUGUGCGGUGGGUUGUUUGUGCUGUAGGAGCUCGAUGAGUAACUGGGGGUGUCGCAUCAGUUAUUUAUGUCAUCCUUUGUCGAAAUGUGUGAAUUUCACCAAACUGCAUAUGAACACGGGAAACCGUUCUGCAUGA